GAUAACAAAAACACACUCACUUAUCAGUGUUUUUGAGUUGCGUUGGCUCAACCGUGUGAAGCUUUCUCUCUCUCUCUCUUACUUUCUCUCUUUAGUGAUUCAUAUGUCGUUUUCUUUUGCUUUUGCUUUUGCUUUUGAGUUUUUGAGGCAAAACCCUUUAAAUCCUUUGAUUAAACAAAACAUCUAAUCCUUAAUCCAACUGGUUUUUUCCCCCACGAACUCCCCACGCCUUUAACCAUUGCUUUCUUCUGUAUAAAUUCUCUCACUUUCUCCCCUUUUUCCCUUAAUUCCUCACUUCACUUCCAUUUCUUCUCUCUCUUUAAUUUUCUCCAAAUUCCCAAUUAAAAUCCUUAUAUGUAGCCCCACUCCCAAUUAUUUGAUAAAAAGAAUUUGGCCUUUUUCUAGCCCUCUUCUAAUUCUGCUCCAAUUUCACCUUCAAACGCUCUCUCAUGGCCUCAAGCUCCACCAAGAAACACGAUCACUUCAAGGGAAUCCGCUGCCGGAGCGGCAAAUGGGUGUCGGAGAUUCGGGAGCCGCGUAAGACUACGCGCAUAUGGCUCGGCACCUACCCGACGCCGGAGAUGGCUGCUGCCGCCUACGACGUCGCCGCCCUCGCCCUCAAAGGUUGCAAUACUGUUCUCAACUUCCCUGACUUGAUUGGAUCCUACCCGGUUCCUGCUUCCUCCUCCCCGGCUGACAUCCGUGUCGCUGCCGCUGCUGCUGCCGCCUCUCGAAAGGUUAAUCCUGGAGAAAGCCAUUACCACAGCCAAUCGGCUCUGCUGUCCGGGGAAUUCGUCGACGAAGAGGCACUGUUUGGAAUGCCGAAUCUGCUGCACGACAUGGCGGAGGGAAUGCUGUUACCGCCGCCGAGAAUAAGCUCGUCGCCGCCCCGACACGACUACUACUCCUCCUGGAACUCCGGGGGCGACGGAAAUUUAUGGAACUACAAUUAGGGAAAGAAAGAAAGAAAAGAAAAAACUCAAUUAACCAUAAUAUAGAGAAUUCCAUGAGAUCGAACAUAUUUAAUCACAUCAUGGAGAAAGGUUUAAAAAAAAGGAAAAAAACUACCAAGAGUUCAGAAAAUUUAGCUCAUCAAAACGACAAGACAUCAUGAAAGUUCAAAAAAUUGAAUUUUUUUGCUUCAUUUUAUAAUGUCCCUGUCGUGUUGAUGAGGUAGAACUUGAAGAAGCUCUUUUGGAACAGCAACUCUUUAGAUUUAGCUGCAGUUUCUGUGUGUGUAAGAAGAAAAUUUUUGAUGAGAAGGAUUCAUCUUCUUUGGAUA